ACUAUGUAUGUAUGAACAGGUUACAAAGUUGUAUUGCUUAAAACAAUAUAUAAACAUGUAUAACAUAUAAUAAAAUUUGCCAAUUACUUAAAAUACAUACUGUCGUGAUCAAUUUAACUCUCUUCUGUUCAGUACAUGAACACAGUUUAAUCGCGACGUUCGUCGCCCCUCCAAGUGUUAAAUUAAUUCUUUAUAUCUUUUCAUACAAGAAACAAUGUUGAUAGGCUCAACAAAGGAUCCGGAAACGGUAGAAAAAUUAGAAUGGAUUGACAACGUACGUUCUGACUUGAAUGUUAAUAAUAAUAUUGAAGGAUCGCGUAUAAUAAAAAAAUUGAAACAAAAUCCUUUGAUACCUAUAGGUGUAAUGGCAACGUGUUCUGCUCUUUGCUAUGGUUUGUACUGCACAUUCAAGGGAAAUUCUCUAAUGGCUCAAUAUAUGAUGCGUGGUCGAGUUGCAGCACAGAGUUUCACUAUCUUAGCUAUGCUUAGUGGACUUUCGUUGACACUCACAAAAAAACCAAAAACUGAUGAAUAAUUAUUAUAUAUUAUUUGUUCAAUAGUAAUCAUGUAGACUAUGGUAUAUUAGUCAACUAUUAUAAUUUAUUCAACUGUAUUUUUUAUUUCAUCUAGGAAGUGUAACUUGAAAAUCUUAUAAAUCAUUACUAGAAAUGUUUUAAAA